UAAUUCUGUUCACUUUUUCAGAAUACAUAAAUACCAUCAACAGUAACCAUGAUUAGCAUUUGUAAAUCAGUUAUUUUAUUUACAAUCUUUAUGAUCAUAACAAUCGUUCAUAUUGAGGCUCGACCACAAAAUGCACUUGACUCCAAUCAGGCACUGGAUACAGUGGAAACUGACGUAGACGAAAUGCAAAAUUCCUACUACGACUUGCCCCUGCAACAGCCACAAAAUAUCUAUCCUAGUAUACCAUUGGAACGUUUGCAAAUGCUCAUUGCUCGUUACAACCGACCCACUGCCUAUUUGCGUUCUCCAUCUGUCGCUGGCAUGAAUGAAUUGUACCGUGUUCCCGAAUCAAAGCGUCAAGUCAGAUAUCGACAGUGCUAUUUCAAUCCCAUUUCGUGUUUUAAAAAGUAAAUUUUGAAUUUAACUUAUUUAAACAUGCUACGUUUUGAUUUAAAGACCAAACACAAUUUAUAUUUUCCCUCUAAUAUAAAAUAAAUUAGUAAAUUAAAAUUUCGAAACUUACUAAAUGAAAAUAUAACUUCAAGUCAAAGCUAAAAUGUAGUUUAAAAAUUACUGUUAUUUUAAAUUUUUUUUCUGCCUCAAAAUAAUAACAUAACCACACUUUGUAAAAAUGCCCCAGCUUUAAAGAUAAAUUAAAAAAAGCCAUUUAAUUUUUGUUUCGGUUUAAAUAUUUUAUUCAUUUUUAUUUUGUCUUUAGAUUUUUUAAUGUUUUUUGUUUAAGUAGGCCCCUCUAGGAAAGGACUACACAUAUAUUUUUGUAUUUUUUCGGAAUUUUACAUGAAUUUUCUUUACAUAUUUGUUUAAGAUUUAUUCUGUUUUCGUAUAUUAAAUAUUAUCUAGUCGCAUUAUUAUAACUUUUAAAUGCACAAAAAUAAUUCUAAUGUAAUUAUUAUAUAUUAUUUGUUAAUAUUGUUAUUAAAGAUUUAGAAAAAAAUAAAAUUAAAAAUAUUUAAAAUCAUUGGUAUGCAUAUGGUGUGGUACACCUUAAAAUAUUUAUAUUAAUUAUUAAAAGUACACAAUAUAUCCAUUAAUAUAUGUAUUUAGUUAUUAAACAAAUUAGGUCUUGUUUAAGCACAAUGUACGUUAUAUUUGAAUAUAUUUCGAUUUAAACACAUAAAUAUAACGUUCAUUGUCUGUAAACAUAUCCCUGCCAAUAUUAUUCAAAUUAAUGUAAUAAUUACAAAAUAAUAAAAUAUUUGUACAAAAUUCAUAAAUCUGUAAACAUGAUGUCGAUUGUAAAUUAUUAAACAUAAAAUAAUUAUAUACAUUCAUUCAUUCAUACGUAUGUACAAUUUAAAUAUUCAACAAAAAUAAAAAAUCAUUAAUUUAAGUGUAAAGCAGCUAAAAAAAUCAAAAGCUUUUCAUUU